AUGUCCUCGCUGCAGGAGAAGUAUGGGCCACGAUUCCGGAAGAUUGGCAAGGGCCCAGUCCUUGAGGAGAUCAUCGGGUCUCUGCCUGAGCCACAGGACAGCCAAACGGCGCAUGCCACAGCGCAAAAGCUUCUGGCAGCAGACAAGAGGGAGCUCGCGAAGCAGAUGAAAGGGCAAGAGAAAAAGGAGGACCCGAAAGCAAAAUCGAAAGCAAAGCCUAAGGCAAAGGGUAAGGCGAAAGCCAAAGCUGGGACAAAGCCAAAGAAAGAAAAGAAAGAGCCCAAGACGAACUGGGCACGCCGCAAGAACAGCUUCAUCGCGAAGACCAAGGCAAGCUCGGAGAAGAAGAUGAACCAGAAAGAGCUGGAGGCUUGCUGGAAAGUCAGCCAGGCUCGGGAUCAUGUGCUUGCUACGCUAUCGAGAACGGAGAUCAAGCGCCGCCGCUAUGACUAA